ACAGACAGUGACAAACGACAAAGUGAUUUUGUCGUGUCGGGUUGUUAUGUUCAUGUGUUGUGUGCGAAUAAAUAUUUUCGCUAUUUUUUAGAUUAUUAUAACAUUAUUGGAAACAAAUUUUCUGAGCCUUCACCAUGAGUUACAUGCUGGGACAUUUACACAAUGGCUGGCAAGUGGACCAAGCUAUACUAUCCGAGGAAGAUAGGGUCGUGGUUAUUAGAUUUGGUCACGACUGGGACCCUACAUGCAUGAAAAUGGAUGAAGUUCUUUACAGCAUUGCAGAAAAAGUGAAAAACUUUGCAGUUAUUUACCUUGUAGAUAUCACAGAAGUGCCAGAUUUUAAUAAAAUGUAUGAGUUGUAUGACCCAUGUACGGUGAUGUUCUUCUUCCGCAACAAGCACAUCAUGAUCGACUUGGGGACUGGCAACAACAACAAGAUCAACUGGCCACUAGAAGACAAGCAAGAGAUGAUUGACAUCAUCGAGACUGUGUACAGAGGAGCUCGGAAGGGACGCGGUUUAGUAGUAUCACCAAAAGAUUACUCCACCAAAUAUAGAUACUAAGUUAUGUACGGUUGUUAAUUUAUUAUGUGAGCAUUGUUUUAAAUGUUCCUGAUUGUAUAUAGAACUUAGAUUAUCAACAAAUUGGAAAAAUAUUCGCCGGACAUUAAAACCUGUGGAACAAAUAGAAAGUUGAUCUCCUCUAUUGUCUCCUUAUGGCGCAUCCACACAUGCUGCCGCCACGGCCAACCUUCAUCAUAUUCAAUGUUUUAUGGGUGUGACAUUAGAAGGGUGAAAAAAAUUUUGAAAACCUAUUGUUAUGUUGGAUCAAGCUAAAACACAUCUGAGAAAAUCGGAGUACUUGUUUUCGCGAAGAUAAGUGUCUGGAUAGACUUUUGUUACGUUUCAUUUGUGCACUGUAUUAAAUUUUUAAGAUCCAAUUGAACAUCAAAUGAAGCAAUAAUGAUUUUGAGAUAAGAGUAAAUUUUUUAAUAAUAAUAAACAAUUAAUUCAA